UUUUCAUUAUUCAACGGCAAACCUAAAGUCAAUAUUGGGAACAAAUACAAAAGUUCAAUUCAACUCUAUUACUUAUCUGUAUAAGCAUGUUAGGUAAAGCUACCAUCAAUUACAACAUCAAUGAAAUCUCAUACGUCUACGAAUCUAGUAUAUUGAUGUUAUAAUAAUAAAUUUGUUUCUAUCCAAUAUCCAUGCAAGUUGCCGGAAAUUUCAUUCAAAUUUAAUCUAAUUUUAUGGAAAAGUAAGCAGUCAAUAGUAUCAAAUAAUUCACUGCUUUGAGAUUAGUGAGAAUGGCGUACCUACGUUAUCAGCCGUUGAUGACACUCACGUGUCACUCACGCGCCAACAAGAAGUCAAACUACGCUACCGUUCGGUUCACCAUACUCCACACUGUGCACAGCCUUCUAAUCUUGACGGCCAAGCCACCACUUCGCGCUCCUUUAUAAUCACCUCCACCCCCUUACACUCCUCCGCCUUCAUCUUCACAACUUCUGCAAAGAUGCAUCUCCACCGUCCGAUUCCUUUCCGACCAUCAUCUGAUUUAUCUCCACCAAUCUUAAUGCUCCUCCUCCUGUUUCUACUCACCACCCGGUGCACCUCCCAAUCUUCACCUCCCAUCGAUUCAACUCCCUUCAAUGGCCUCUCCACGAGCUUCAACCCUUCCAUGGCGAUCAUCAUCGUCGUCCUCAUCUCCGCCUUCUUUUUCCUUGGCUUCUUCUCCAUUUACAUUCGCCAGUGCGGCGGCGCUAACGCUGCCAACGCCGGCGGUACCUUCGGCGGCCGCUCUCGCCGUGGGAUCGCGCAGCGGGGGUUGGAUCCUGAGGUUCUGGAGACUUUUCCAACCCUCGCCUACUCCGAGGUGAAGAAUCUCAAGAUCGGGAAGGGGUCUCUCGAGUGCGCCGUUUGCUUGAGCGAAUUCGAGGAGGAUGAAACCCUUCGUCUUCUCCCCAAGUGCAGCCAUGUCUUCCAUCCCGAUUGCAUUGAUGCUUGGCUUGUUUCUCACGUUACUUGCCCUGUUUGCCGAUCUAACCUCGCCGCCGAUCCAAUCCCAGCUUCGGGAGCCGAUGGCGAGGAUUGCCAGGCGGCGGCGGCGGCGGCGGUGGUGGUUGAUCCGGAGCCGUUGGAUCAAGUGGCGAUCGCGAUGGAUGAAGAUGAUCGGAGGGAUGAGCUGGCGGAGCUAGCGAGAAUCGGGAGCCAGCGGCGAGCGGCGGCGAUGAUGGCGAGAUCGAAGUCGAUGCCUCGAGUUCAGCGAUUCCCGCGCUCUCACUCCACCGGGCACUCGAUUCUCGCCCGGCCGGGAGAGAAUCUCGAUCGGUUCACGCUUCGGCUCCCGGAGUAUCUCAAGCGAGAAAUCGUCGACUCGGCGGUGGAAGCCGCCGGGCGACUCCAGCGCACGAAGAGCCUCGUCGUCUUCCCCGCCUCCGGCGGCGAGGCGAGCUCUCGCCGGGGGUAUCGCUCCGGCGAGGGGAGUAGCCGGCUUGGCCGAUCGGUCCGGCUCGGCCGCUCCGAUCGAUGGCCUUCGUUUCUCGCGCGCACUCUAUCGACUCGUUUCACUGGUUGGGGAAACGGGAAGAAGGAAACGGAAGGGCUCUUUCAAAAAGAGUGACGGCGGUGACGGCUCCGUUAAGAGUCGGAUGCCGUCCGUUCGAGCUCCGUUUGAGUGUUUGGGAAGCGGGGUUAAGGACGACGAGUCGACCGAUUCACCGAGCGUGGCGCUGAAUCGUGUUUGACUCGGAGCUUAAUUUUUUAAUAUUUCUUUAUAUAUAUAUUAUUAAAAAAAAAGAAUUUUUUUUUAAGGGUGACGUGGAGAGGAAAUGUAAAUAUGUACGAUUAAAUUUGUAUUUAUAGUUUUGUGUAGGUAGGUCUGGUUUUUAACUAUCAGCCGUUGGAUUGGUUAAGGUGGCGUACAACGGAUGGUGGAUGAUUGGGUGAUAGCUUUGUUGUGUUUACGAAGUUUUAUUUUUAUUUAUUUAUUUAUUUAUUUAGGUUAUAUAUACUCUUUAAAAAUCUAGAAUUUCAUAUAUA